GUCGCUGGAGGUGCCUGCAUUGAGCAACUCACGGACGGGCAGAUGACUCAGCUGAAGACAUUUGCGGAUAAGGAUUACUUUGGUGACGGGGAUGAUAUGCAAGGAGGAGGAAUUGCAAAGCAGGCGGCUUCAACGUUUAUUUUGGAAACCGAUGGCGUCGCGAAAAGCCCGCUCUUUUCUUUUAUCCAUGUACUUGCGUCUUUUAGUUUUAGUGGGUGCUCUCUCACUUUGAUGCUCAAGGUCGUGUUCUUGCUCUCUUUUUUGACUUCUUUUCGACUGUUAGCUUUCUUGAUUUGCAUUUGCCUGAGGUCUAUCGCUCUGAUCAGUAGGGGCGCUUUCUCGUCCUUGUAGCUUGUGAAUUUGUUUCGCCUCAAAUCUUUGCUCUCAAAUCAAUACUAUACCACACAGAACGACCUCGCGGGGGCGCUGACAGACAUCCC